CGUGACUCAUCAGAGACUGGCACUGCCCCGGGCGGUCCUCCUGGUGGUUUUAUUGCGGGGUUUUCUGCGGGAUGUGGCCUGGCUGGUGCGAAUGGAGCCCAAGGGAUUUGCCGCCGUUGCGGUGCUGAGUUUGGGCGCUGUGGUUUUGCUCGCAGUGGCGCUGCUCUGUCCGGGCGUGUGGGGCCGGGCCUCUGCCUCGCCGCCGCGGGCACAGCAUCACCUGGUGGCGGAGUAUGACCUCUGGCAGGCACGGCUCGAGGUCUUGUUCUAUCCAGACCCAGCGUUGCCGUGGAAGCAGGCACCACCUCCCUUGCACAUUCCGCCCGUGCCGCUGUACCAUUUUGUGCAUGGCCCUGCGGCCGUCGCCCGCCUGGGCCGCCGGGCGAGCGACGACGCUCGGUCGCCCGUCGCCUGGGACGGCGACGAGCUCGAGAUGCGCCGUGCGGCGCUGCAGGAUGCGACGGACGCCUGGUGGACCGGUGACGACUCGGACGGAGGGGAGUCACUCCGCGAGGACUGGGACUACGAGCAGCAAGCGGCCACGUGGCUGGCCUUGACCUUGCGGAGGAACCGGAAAAGGAAUACGACGUGGACGUGGCAAUCGACAUUGCCUGUUGCGGCUGACGCUGUUGAGCAACGAUGUGGCAUUGGUAUUGCCUUGCAGAUUGGCAGCCUUAUUGUCCAGGCCUCCGGCGCCAGGCGCCUGGCGCGCGGAGCCAAUGCCAAGGCUUUGUACGGAGCAGCAUUAGUUUUGCAAGUCUGUGUUACAGCAGCCACGCUGUUUGCCUUCGUUGGAUACUUGUCACGCUUUCACAACAAGCUGCACAUGCUGGCAGCGGAAUUUGUCUUUGCCCAAACAGAUGGGGCCAUUGUCAUUUGGCCAGCUGACUUUAAACUUCAGCUGGGACCUUGUGCCAUUUCUGUGGCUCUCUCCGGCCUCUUGGCCUUGGCCGCCAGCCUCCUGCUGGCAGGGCUACUGGUGCGGGCUCGCAGCCCCAAGCAGGACCCCGCCGACGCCGAUGCGGUGCGGCGGAGCGCCUCGUCGCGGCGCUUCACGCGGUCGAAGAGCUCCACGUUGGUGGCGGCGGAGCUUCUCUUUGAGGCUUCCGUCAUCAAGUUGAAAUCGCAUGACCGGCGUGUGGUGUGCAUAGUCCUGCUGGCCAUGACCCUCUUGGCUCUGCUGUUGGGUCUGAUGGCCUUCCUCCUGGGCCGCGCUGGUGUGGAGGAUGGCGUCAGCAAGGCUUUUCGAGGUCCGGAAGACAGUUUGAGGAAAACCUCCAGAGCUGCUCAAGCUGUGAGCCAUUUGAUUGGACGAUCGACCAGGUGCGUGGUACUUGGACCAGCCAGAGUGGUGCUUGGGCUCGUGCACCAUGCAGCCGGGGCGGUGGCCUCCCUUGGACAUGUGGUGGCUCUUCCAAUCUCGCCCAUCCUGAGAGCCUUGAGGCGUGUCCUCUCUUUCGCGACCAAAGGAGUCGUUCGCGGCGCCACCUGGUUGGCCGCCGUUGCGGAUGCGGCUGCAAAGUCAGCCCAAGCCAAUCAGGACGGCCGCGCGGCCCAGGCGGCCGAGGUCGUGCCGACCGAGCGGCCGAAGCGGUCCAGGUUCCGGAACCCAUUCCUACGAGAUGAAAGCUGACACAAGCUGACACAGGGCUGGUCAAACGAGAAAGCCACUUCAGGCAUCUGCAGCCCUGUCGCCAGCGAAGAAAAGUCUGCCGCUGCUUUGCACAAGCCUACAUGCCAAGUCAACAUGGGUUGCUUUGCUUUGAUGUGGCAUUUGCCUGUGGCCAGGAGCACAAAAAGACCUGCAAUAAAAGCAAAGGCCACAACCACGAGGACUGCCCGAGAAG